AAAGCUGUCCCGCAAUUCCUGCCGUCCACAGAUUGUUUAAGAUGCUGAUCGACGGUGGAUAUAAGGUUAUUCUUCUCACGGGGAGGGAUGAAGAAACGUUGGGGGCACCCACCAUUGAGAAUUUACAUAAUCAAGGAUUCGUUGGCUAUGAAAGAGUGAUUUUGAGGAGUUCUGCUUACAAGGGGCAAAGCGCAGUGUCCUUCAAAUCAGAGAUGCGUAGACAAUUAGUAGCGGAGGGCUACAGAAUCCGUGGCAAUAUCGGAGACCAAUGGAGUGACCUAUUAGGAGAUUAUUUGGGCGAUCGAACAUUUAAGCUCCCUAAUCCCAUGUAUUUUGUCCCUUAAGCCUUAAGGUGGCGUUUACGGGUAUAAAUGGGCCCAAUGGCUAGUUUCAUAAUUUCGGCUUUGACCUUCCAAGCUUUAACAAAUGCACAUGUUGAUUUCUUAGAAUUCAAUGUUAGCUUUAGGGCUUUAAAUAGG